UAUUUAUCCGCUGUAUUAACUCCCUUGGCAAAUUUGGUCAUGAAAUAUACUUUGAAUGGUCAUCUGAUGGACUCGUACUCAAAACAGUCAAUUCCUCCAGAUCAGCUUAUGCAGCCGUUGCUUUCAAACCGGCCUUUUUCGAAAAGGUGGCUCAUAUGGCAUUGGAUCGGGUGACGCGCUUCAAAAUUCCAAGUCGGUCUUGUUGCAAUGUUUUCAAGCUGUCCGCUUCGUUGGAGAAAGCAGUUAACAAGUGUCGCUUGAUGCUUUCUUCUGAUGACACUGUUUUUGUUGUACAGUUUUUCUGUCGGUACGGUGUUGUGAAAACCUACAAUAUGUCCAUUGUUGAUUGUGAACAUUUGGAAGCGGUCUACUCACUAGAGCAGUCAGCGAAUCGCCUUGUUAUUACAACCAAGGUCUUGACAGAGGUACUCAACAAUUUCCGUCAAUCUUCGGAAGAAAUCACUAUACUUGUAAAAGAUGGUGAAUGUAUAUUUCAGAACUACAUUUUACAAGGAGGCAAGCAAAUUAACUUGUACAACCAUAAUCAAAUUCUGACUCAGUUGCCGCUGAGCGCUAGUGAGUUCGAUGCUUAUUUGGUGGGCUGUGUCAGUGAACUGACGUUCUGUCAGAGAGAACUUCGGGCACUACUCGCCUUCUGCGAGCUCAUCAGCCCCAUCGUACGAAUUUAUUGUGAUCGACCUGGUCGCCCCAUUAUAUUUGCCUGUGCACAUGAGACGCGACUGAGUGCGAACUUUGUAUUGGCUACUUUACCGCCCGAUUCCUAUUCCGCCUCUGAUUCUCAGCGUUCCCAGUCUGUUCAGCCACAUCUUUUGGCAAGUAAAACACCUGUGCAAAUCAGCCGUGUGUCGCAACCAUCAACCACAUUCAACAUAUCAUCGGUGACGCAUUCCGUUCUUCCUGAAUUCAACAACGACGUGGCUGGCGAUGAGAUAACUUUGUUAGCUACACUGCCUCCUGCUGUUCAUGAUGGUCCCUUGAAAGAGGCUUCACUUUUUUCCAUCAUUGAGAACAAAGCUGAUAUCACCCACACACAGUUGCUUCCAUCAAUGUCCUCCCCGAAAGUGUCUGUCCCUCCUCGGCCGUUUAGUGUGCCCCGGCUUCGACAAUCGAUUUCCUCCCCUCUGCAAAUCGAAAAGACCGUAGUGACAGCUCCUCCUCCAAAGAAGGCUCGGUCCGUUUUGUUUUCACACUUGGAAGAAAAUGAAGACAGCGAUCCGGAGCAAAUUAGUGCCGAGGCACUGGAUUUGGAGCUACAGCAAUUGACAAGAUGUUAUGAUUAUUUGGAUCAGGGACAGACCCGUCACAACACUGCCAUAACUCCUGGCCGAACUAUACUGGUCGCCGACUCCGACGAAGAUUGA